GCUACUCUGUCAACGGCACGCUCGCCCACGACCUGAAGAGCGAGCCAGAUUCGGUGACCCUCAAUGACGGGAGGAAGGUGGCCGUUCGGGCAACCGUCAAGUUCAUCUCUUUCUCCGCGCACUCUGACUACGCCCAGACCUCCGAGUUCAUUCGCAAGCUGAAGGCGAACGUGGUGGUGCUGGUGCACGGAGAGGAGCACGAGAUGGGGCGCAUGCGAACAAAGCUCAAGGAG